CGAGCAUGAAGAAAGUGUUGCUGGGUUACCAUAGAGACCGCCGCUUCCGGUGCAUACAGUGAAUGCAGUGGUCGCCUGCCUGCCUACCACACGAAUCAGCAUCGGCACCGCUGCAAGGUACUGAGUGAGGACCAUGGGCUUGUUUGACCGGCUGGCAGGCUGGCUGGGCUUGAAGAAGAAAGAAGUUCAUGUCUUGUGCCUGGGUCUUGAUAACAGUGGUAAGACCACCAUCAUCAACAAACUGAAACCUGCUAAUGCUCAGAGCCAGGAUAUAGUCCCAACGAUUGGAUUCAGCAUUGAGAAAUUCAAGACAUCCAGCUUGUCAUUCACGGUUUUUGAUAUGUCGGGACAGGGGCGGUACAGGAAUCUCUGGGAGCACUAUUACAAAGAAGGCCAGGCUAUUAUUUUUGUCAUUGACAGUAGUGACAAGCUCAGAAUGGUUGUGGCCAAAGAAGAACUGGAGACCCUUUUAAAUCACGCAGACAUUAAACACCGACGGAUACCAAUUUUGUUUUUUGCUAACAAAAUGGACCUGAGGGACUCUCUGUCAUCUGUCAAGGUCUCCCAGUUGCUGUGCUUAGAGAACAUCAAGGACAAGCCGUGGCAUAUUUGUGCGAGUGACGGGCUGAAAGGAGAAGGCCUUCAGGAAGGAGUAGACUGGCUGCAGGAUCAAAUCCAAGCAAUGAAGACAUAAGAAGAUAAAGCGUUUCACACUCCACUGCUUUCUAUACACUUAGACCAAAAGAAGUGCUAAUUGAUAUCCUUAGUUUACAAGGUCAGAGAAGGUCAUCCAUUAUUUAGCGCUCAGGUACACUUUUGUAGAGCAAAUCUAGUGCAAUGUUAUUACAGCAAAUAAUGAAGAGUACACACGUUUAUUUUAUUUAUCUUUUUAUGUGCUUUGUUACGUCAGUGAAAUAAAUGUGGUCCAUUUUAUAAAUAAUACAAUGUAGUGGUAUCACAUUUUAAUUUAUUAAUUUAUUCACCAUCAUUGUACUUGAAAAGUACUGUCAAAUAUUCCUAGUUUACAUUUUGUAAUUUAGAACUGAAAAGAAAUGUGAGCAAGUGUUUAAGCAAUAUUACAAAUGAACGAUUAUAUAUGUAUAUUGAUUUUAUUAACUGUGUUUGAUUCAAUAAAUAAAAUAUAUUGCAAGUUUGUAA